AGUUACUGUCUUAGUUUUGAGUCGCAUGGUAUCCGUCGGAAGCCAUUGAUGUUUGUUGAUGUUCUACGAACAGGUUGCAAAUUGUUUUGUUUGCUUUUUGCGUGCAUCAUUAAACGUGUUUGUUCGAAUGUUCCUGGUGAAACCUAAAGAGAAAAAAACAAAUAAAAACAAACAGCUCCUGUCGAAAGCCAUCCAUACAUCCAUCCAUCGAAUGUUUAUGUAAAAUGAAAUAAAAAUGCACAACCGUUUGUUCUCUCGCGGGUAUUUUAAAUUAGAGUCAUUUUCGUAGUUUGUUUCUAUUUUCGCAAAUUAUACAUUUUAUUUGGGGUACUUCCGUUUCCCACUAUACACAAUCGGUGUCAUUCUUUUCGCCUGUCGAUGCAUACAUGCACUAAAAGAUAGUGGAUCUGCAUAUGUGUCGACGGUUUAAACUCUACACAAUUUCAAAUUUGCAUGAGAGUGAGUGCGUGUGUUGAAAUUGCAAUUUCUCAUAGUUACAAACGUAUGUAUUCGUUGGCCAUAGCUUUUGGCCCAGGCAAUAACAAUAGCAAUAAUAAUAACAACAAUAACAAUAGAAAAAAGGCUGGGUAAUACUCUUAUAGCCUUCGGCCUAACAUGCAUCAAGCCAACAGCAUCUCGACACACAAUAAAUCUGGAUUAUAUUACAGCCACUUUUGGGAAUAAAUAUACAUAAAUAUUUUACAUUUUAAGCAAUAAAGGAGCAAUCAAUACCGGAGUUGAAAAAAAUACGACGACCACAAAGAAAUGCUAUCUAUGAAUAUUGUCUGAUAAUUAAAAUAACCGAAAGUGAACAUACAAUAUGAUUUAUAGAAACGAAAAAGGACAAUGCGCAACAUAAACAAACAAAGAAAACACAUACAUUUGUAUGUAUAUACAUAUAUGAGGAUGACGAUGGCCACCGAACAGAAACAGAACCAGUUAAAAACAUUAUCAUCAACUAUAACUACAAAUUCAACGGCAACUACAAGCGAUUCUUGCCACACGUGUGUAUAAACACAUACACAUAAGGACAUUAUAUAUACGUAUAUGUAUUUAAAUUGUAUCCAGAUAUAAAUACAAAAGUUAUGCCAAACAAAAUCCAUAAAUAAGAACGAUCAACGAGUAUGUGCUCUGCCUUGUUUUUUGGCUUGAAUUCCUUUAUUUGUGUUGUUUCAAAUAAUAUAGUAUGUAUUCGUAAUCUGUGAAAUACAAAAGCCAAAUAAAUAAAAUACCAAACCAAAUAAAAAAACAAAAAAGGAAGCAAUCGAACACCACACCAGUAUUGAACACUGGAUAAAGGAUCAUAAAACCAUAAAUGUAUACAAAUCUGCCAACCAACCAACCAGCCAGUGGGAAAAGGUUACGAAAACAAAAAUAAAACUUUUUGUUUCUUUGUUUUUAUGAACAAGUACUCUGCAUAUUUAAGAGCUGUGAGCCGAAUGCUGUGAUAUCACUGAAGUUUUUCUUUUUUAACAACUACAACACAAAUAUAAAAUAAUAAACCAACAACAAAUAGAAAAACUUUCUACAUUCAUAUGAAAAUUCAUAUUUCUGUUUUGUAAAACAGUGUGUUUAAGUUUAAACGCGUCUGUUUGUUUGCCUGUCCGUAUGUGCGGAUGUGAAUGUGCCCCAAAAACUACAGACACUUAAAAUUGUAUUGUUGUAUACUUUGCUCCUUGAAACGAGUAUUUGGCAGAUACCACACAUAUAUACAAUCAUCCUAGUGCGGAUGUUAAGGAAUGAUAGAGAACAGAACAAUAAGUACAAGGCCAACGAGAAGGAAAAUUGUUUUUUAACACUAUACAACUACAUAAAACGACGUUAAGCCAGUAGUCAGUCAUAUAGCGGACCAACCAGUCAGCCACAUAGUCUGUCAGCUAUACAACAGUUUCGUACCCAAUUGCCUUGGAAACCAAAUAAAAAAGUGUGAUUUAUACGCACAUUUUUCUUACAAACACGCACACAUACACAAAAGUAAAUCAUUGUAUGGUAUAUGUAUAUGUGUAAAUAAUUGAAUGGUUGAACGUACGGACGGACAAAUAGCCAUUUGUUCGAUUGUGUGUAAAUUUUACGUAUGUUUCAACAAACUACUUUAUACCCAAAUACCCAAACGUACCGUAUCGCAUGAAUGUUAUUCAUUGAAACAUUUAAAAUCUCCGACAAUCAUACAAACAAACAUACGCAAGGACAAACGCACAAACACACGCAUAAUCAUAAAUAUCACAUACAUCCAUUCAAGGAUUGAAAUUACUGACCCACUUGUGUACAAUACAUUCAUUUGUACUUAUGUGUAUGUGUGUACUUGUAUGUUUGUAGGGAGCAGAAGAGCAAGCAAUAGUUCAUUCUAUUUGUAAUUUUACUAUUUGGUGCUUGCUAAAGAGGCUUUACGAGCAAUAAAUGUCGAGUUAAGUCCUUUACGUCUUCUGCCUAAAGAGGCUGGUCAACCUAAACUAUUAAUUAAAGGCAACUAAAUCUGACGGAAAAACAAGCUCGCACACACAAGCAAUUUUCGCACACCAUUUAGAUUGUACGCACCCAAACAAAUAAAAGCAAAAAAAAAAAACAUAGAAAAAACAAAAAUAUUUGGUAAAAUACUACAGCAGCAGGAUCAACGAAAUAUAUGUGAGACACUUCCAACUGCCAUCUAAGCAACCCCAAAUAGAAAACAAAAACAAUCUAACCAUCAUACACCUACUGAACAAACAUUGUACAGUCGGAGAUACACACAGACAGGCGAGGCCGGCCGUUAGCCAGUUUGUAUCACAUAAUGACCACACCGACGGAAGUGAAAUAUACGAGUUUAUCGCUGUCAUCGUUAAUCACAUGUUUUAUAUCCUCCAUUGUACUUGUUAGCUGCCUGCUGGAGAACUUUGUCUCGACGUCAGCUAAUGCUACGCCAUUGGCAGUGGCCGAGGAAGUUUUAAGUUGGGAUCAUGCCGUCGAUUUGAAUGAGGAUUUUCGUAUUUUAUGGAAAAUCAUUAAUCAAGAUAUAACAUUUGAAAUACAAGCACGUACACUGGGCUAUGUAGGUUUCGGAUUUUCACCCGAUGGUAAUAUUGCUGGCUCUGAUAUGGCCAUUGGUUGGGUUGACAGAGGCCAAACAUACUUUCAGGACCGUCAUUUAAAACGUAAUGGAGACCCUGAGCCAAUUGUUGACCCCUCACAGGACUACAUGCUUAUGCUGGGUUAUGAAAAUAGAACGCAUACUGUACUAAGAUUUCGUAGGAAACUUGAUACUUGUGAUAAUGUACAUGACAUAGCAAUAACGUUCAAUGAUGAAUUUUGUCAGUAA